AAUCCAUUCCCAUUCCUCAGUUCGAUUGUUCGCGGAUGUUACAUUAAACUUAAAAAGAACUUCCCCACGAUGGUGGACGUCAAAAAGUUUAGUGACAUCGACCUGUACGGUCUGCUGGAGGUGGAAAUCAGUUCCACCGAGCAGGAGAUCCGCAAAGCAUACCGCAAAAAGGCCUUACAAUGCCAUCCGGACAAAAAUCCCGACAACCCAAAGGCGGCCGAGCUGUUCCAGGAGCUGUCGAAGGCGCUGGAAAUCCUGCUCGACGUAUCUGCCCGGGCCGCGUACGAUCGACUGCUGAAUGCGAAGAAAGCCGCAAAGCUGCGAACCAAGCAGCUCGACAGCAAACGACAGAAGCUGAAGGCGGACCUAGAGGAGCGUGAACGGCAGGCGAAAGAAGCGGCCACCGGCGGAUACAAAGCAGCCAGCACUAAAACACCCGAAGAGCUAUUCCAGGAAGAAUUCGACCGACUGCGAAAGGAGGGCUCUAAGCUGAUCAAGGAAGAACAGGAAAUGAUGCGCCGCCAACUGCAAGAGGAGCUGCGCAUGAUGCAGACUGCAAGCGUCCCAAGCUGGGACCCAGCGCAGCAUCGUGUCAAGAUACGCUGGAAGGCAGACAAAACGGACUCGUCAAACGGUGGCUACUCGGAGGCCGUACUGCGCAAGUUUCUCAACAAAUACGGCGAGCUGGGAGUGCUCGUGAUGAGCCCACGCAAGAACGGCAGCGCGUUGGUGGAAUUCCUCACGAAGGACGCCGCUGAAAUGGCCGUCACGUACGAGAAGGGCAGGCUGGACAACCCGUGUACGCUCGAGUGGGUCGGAGAGGCACCCGCACAAGGAAAAUCGAAGGCUGCCGGAGCGGGUGCAGGUAGCACGAUUACGGAUCGCGACUACGAGAGCUUGGUGUUGCGGCAGUUGCGUCAAGCUGAGGAACGAAAGCGCCUGAUUGAACAAAUGAUGAAAGAAGAUGAAGCCGCCGAUCCACCGGUGUCCUAA